AUGUCGGAACGGGGCAAGAAGUCGAUGCUUCCGCCCAUCAACCUUAUCUUCAAGUACUUACAACAGCAACUGCCAGUGACCAUCUGGCUCUACGAGCAAACAGGCCUGAGAAUACAGGGCAAAAUAAGAGGCUUUGAUGAGUUCAUGAACGUGGUUAUUGAUGAUGCUGUGGAGAUCUCGAUGAAAGACGGGUCCAAGGAGGAGCUUGGGCGUAUGUUGUUGAAAGGUGAAAACAUCACCUUGAUCUCGAGCUUGGACGUGUGA